AUGGCCGGCUUGGAGGCAUUCCACCUGCAGAACGUCAUCAUCAUGGCCGCCAUCCUGCCGAUAUUAAUCGCCAGCCCGAUGACCUACUACGUUGCCUGUACCAGCCUCAAGUUAACCGAAACCCAGACAGAACUUCGUCAACUUGCGGAAACCGAUGACCUGACAAAAUUACCCAAUCGACGAUCAUUUUUUCGACAGGCGCACGCCAUUCUGGAAACUCAGUCUGCACCAGCUGCGCUUAUGGUCAUUGAUGCAGACCAUUUCAAGGAACUCAACGAUUCUUACGGUCAUGCCGUGGGUGACAGAGCGCUGGUGGCGAUCGCCGAUAUUCUACGCAGCAGCUUUCGACAGAAGGAUCUGCUGUGUCGCGUUGGUGGUGAAGAGUUUGCAGUGCUGGUCUGCGGCAUGAAUGCAGAUCAGGCCAAUAUCCUGGCCACCCGGGUUGUCGAAAGAAUUUCUGCUAACCCGUUGACCGAACCCGGCGCCAUUAUCGAAUUUUCGGUGAGCUGCGGGAUCGCGGACACGCUCACCAGCCGCAACAUGCCGGCACUUUUUAAAGCCCAGUUUCCUGACAUCGACAGCUGCGUCCAAUCCAGCGUGGAUCAGCCAUUCGAUUUGCAUGACAAAGUUGUUGCGAUUACCGGCGCAUCAUCGGGGUUUGGGUCUCAUUUUGCCGGUGUGCUGGCUGCGGCCGGUGCCAAGGUUGUUUUAGGCGCUCGGCGCGUGGACAAACUGGAAGCGCGGGUUGCGGAAAUACAAAAAGCCGGUGGCGAAGCCCAGGCCUGCGCGCUGGAUGUACGCGAAAAAGACAGCAUCAGUGCGUUUAUCAACCAUGCUUUUGAUCAAUAUGGCCGCCUGGACGUUUUAAUCAACAAUGCCGGGGUCGAAGCCGGCGCAAAAACCUACGCCAUGAUCGAUGAAGAUGACUGGGAUUUUGUCAUCGACACGAACCUUAAAAGCGCAUGGCUGACCAGCAAAAUCUAUACGGAACAGGUUGUUGCACACAAGCAGGGCAGCGGCAACAUCAUCAUGAUCUCUUCGAUCACGGAUACUCGAACCAUCAAAGGUCAAUUUCCCUACGCGGUCUCCAAAGGCGGGCUGACCAGAAUGACCGAGGUCAUGGCACUGGAAGCGGCGCGGUACAACAUACGCGUUAAUGCACUGGCACCGGGAUACAUCCUCACCGACGUCAGUCGCCUGCUGCUUGAAAGUGAUGGUGCCGGCGAAUUUGUGAAAGGCAUACCCAUGCGACGCUUUGGUGAUUUUGACGAUCUCGACGGGCCUAUUCUGCUGCUAGCCAGCGAUGCAUCCAAAUAUAUGACCGGCUCAAUUCUCACCGUCGACGGCGGACAUGCAGCCGUGUCGAACAUCAAACCCUUUACACCCACCAUAUCGGCAGCGUGCGUAGAAGAUCUGCAACGCCGCCUGCAGCACACCCGCUGGCCAGAGGCGGAAACCACCCAGGACUGGUCACAGGGCAUACCCCUGAACUAUACAAAAUCAGUCAUCGAUCACUGGCUGCAUACCUAUGACAUGCAGCGACUCGCUGCCCGUCUGAACACCUGGCCAAACUUCACGGCUGACAUCGACGGCUUAUCAAUACACUUUCUGCACAUACGCUCCAGUCAUGAGGAUGCCAAGCCCCUGCUUCUGACACAUGGCUGGCCUGGAUCCGUAGUGGAAUUCCUUAACGUCAUAGGCCCUUUAAGCGAACCGGAUCAAUACGGCGCAGAGGGCGCGCAGGCUUAUCACCUCAUUAUUCCCUCUUUGCCGGGUUUCGGUUUUUCCGGCAAACCCAACGCAACAGGCUGGACCACCCAGCAAACUGCAAAAGCAUGGGCAAAGCUGAUGGGUGAGCUCGGCUAUGACAGUUAUUUCGCUCAAGGUGGAGACUGGGGCGCCAUUGUCACUUCGGCCCUUGGCAUCGAAGACCCGGAACACUGUAAAGCGAUUCAUCUCAACAUGGUUGUGUCACCACCAGAUGCCAGCGCAGACGACCUGACCGAUGAAGAAAAAUCUGCUCUGGCAGGGCUGAAGUUCUACCAGGACUGGGACUCAGGUUAUUCCAAACAACAAAGCACACGCCCACAGACACUGGGCUACGGAUUGGUUGAUUCUCCCGCCGGACAAGCCGCAUGGAUUCUCGAAAAAUUCUACCAGUGGACGGAUUGCGAUGGCGACCCGCAGAACGUCAUCAGCCUUGAUGACAUGUUAGACAACGUGAUGAUGUACUGGGUCAACGCUGCAGCGGCAUCCAGUGCGCGCCUGUAUUGGGAGAGUUUUGGCGGUGCAUUGGCUGGCCAACAGGUAAAAGUACCCACCGGAGCUACCAUUUUCCCCAAGGAAAUUUUCCGUACGAGCAAAAGAUUUGCGCAGAACCUUUAUCCGGACAUCAUCUAUUGGUCAGUCAAAGAUAAAGGCGGUCACUUUGCGGCCUUCGAACAACCUGAGGUUUAUGUCGCAGAAGUUCUCAUCGCCAACUCGGCGAUGACUGCCUUCACCCAUUAUGUUGAAUCAAUCCACGGCCAUAAGUUUGCGGACUACAAAGACCUGCAUACCUGGAGCGUGGCUCAGCCGGAAUUGUUCUGGGCAGCAUUGUGGGAUUAUCUGCAGAUCAAGAGCAGCACAAGACCUGACAGAACCGUAGAAAAUAUCGACAGUUUUCCAGGCGCACAGUGGUUUCCAGGCGCCCGCAUGAACUUCGCGGAAAAUCUGCUGCGCAAGCGCGGGUCAAAAGCCGCGUUGAUAUCUCUACUGGAAAAUGGCGAGCGUUACACCACAAGUUACGCAGAGCUUUAUCAACAGGUUGCCUGUGUUGCACAGCAGCUGCGCGACCUUGGGAUAGGCUUGAAUCAGCGGGUGGCCGCAUGGUUGCCCAAUACCACUGAGGCUGUUGUGUCGAUGCUGGCAACGUCCAGCCUUGGCGCGAUUUUCUCAUCCUGUUCACCUGACUUUGGUGAGCAGGGUGCUCUGGACAGGUUCAGUCAGAUCGAACCGAGCGUGCUGGUUGCCGCAACAGGGUAUUACUACGCCGGCAAAACUAUAGAUUUACGGAAGAAAGUUCGCGCUGUUGCCGCCCAGGUGCCGUCGAUUAAACAGGUCAUCUGGGUCGACACCCUCAACACACAGAUGCGCCCUGAAUCAGGCGAAGUGCUGUGGUCCGACUGGCUUGCACGUCCAGCGGCUGAACUGACCUUCCAGCAACUGCCUUUUGAUCACCCGCUUUAUAUUCUCUUUUCCAGCGGUACAACCGGCAAACCAAAAUGUAUUGUGCACAGUCAGGGCGGCACGCUGCUACAGCACAUCAAAGAACAUCAACUCCACGUUGAUCUCAAGGCAGACGAUACGCUGUUCUUCUUCACCACCUGCGGCUGGAUGAUGUGGAAUUGGACAAUCUCGGCCCUGGCAACAGGCUGCACAAUUGUCUUGUAUGACGGAUCUCCCACCCAUCCCUCGCCGGCCACCUUAUUUAACCUCUGUGAUAAUGAAGGGAUAAGCGUCCUGGGUAUCAGCGCAAAAUUUCUCAGCGUUGCCCAACAGGCGCAGGUGACGCCACGCAUAUCUCAUCAGCUGUCGAGUUUACGCGCGGUGCUAUCCACCGGAUCACCGCUCACCGAAGAGGGUUUCAACUACGUUUAUUCAGCCAUCAAAUCUGACUGUCACUUAGCCAGCAUGUCUGGCGGCACCGAUAUUGUAUCCUGUUUUAUGCUGGGUAAUCCGAACCUGCCUGUAUACGCCGGCGAACUGCAAUGCGCAGGUCUGGGCAUGGCCGUCGAGGUCUGGGAUGAGACUGGUGAGGCUUUAAGUGAGGGCAAAGGCGAAUUGGUUUGUACCCAGUCUUUUCCAGCCUGCCCGAUUGGUUUCUGGAACGACCCGGACCAGGUUCGUUUUAAACAAGCUUAUUUUGAUGUUUUCCCAGGCGUCUGGGUACACGGCGACUAUGCCAGCCAUACCGCCCAGGACGGCUACAUCAUCUAUGGUCGCAGCGAUGCCACCCUCAAUCCCGGUGGCGUCAGGAUCGGCACCGCUGAGAUCUACAGCCUGCUGGACGCCAUGCCGGAAAUCGCAGACGCGGUGUGUGUCGGUCAACAGUGGCGUUUCGCGAAACGAUCAAACGCCAUAUCCGCGAACAUGCGUCCCCCCGCCACGUACCGGCAAAGAUACUCUCUGUAA